AUGUCUAUAGGUGGCAUUCCACAUGAAACGGUAAAGGUGUUGUGGCAGGUGCAUUGUGCAUCCCUCGCUCCUUUGUCCUUUGGAGAGGAGAUUGUGGGGGAAAUGUGGAAACUAUUCGCCGGUUUUUUGGCUUCACUACCGUUGAAGUCUGCGGCGUCAUCGUCGUCCAAUCACGCUUCCUUGACACUUUCAAUAUUUACUUUUACAGUGGACCUCCGUAGUGAGAGCUUCACACAAGAAAUGCGAACUGCCCUUGUGAAUCAGCCGCACAUUAUUGUGCCACUACUGGAAUUUUUUAGGGGGGUGCUGGACUACCAGCAACCGUCGGAGGGACAUCCACGGGGAGCUGUCGGAAGCUGGCAGUUGGUUUGUUCUGUCAUUGGUGACGAUGCUUCCGCGAGGUCAUUUGAUGCCUUGGGCGCCUCUUCACUUGGCCGGCUUGUGAUGAUUCGUGGGACCGUGGUUCGUAUGAGCCCGUCCCGUGUGGUGUGUGUGAAGAUGGCGUUUUGCUGCGGUUCCUGUGGGGGUGUUGUGGAGGUUGCAACUGAGGAUGGCGUUCUGGUGUACCCUGGGUCCUGUCGCGGUAGAUGCAGCGGGUACAAGUGGUCCCCGCUGGUGGGCCAGGGAAAGUGUGAGGAGGUGCAGGUGCUAAAGAUUCAGGAACAGGCCGACGUCUACGACGGAUCCGCAGGUGGCGGUAGUAUUCACAAGAUGAUGACAGUGGAGUUGCGUAGUAUCUGGAUUGAUGCCGUGACGGUGGGUGAGUCCGUUGUCGUGUGUGGUGUUCUUGCUGCUAGGCGUGGUGAGGGGCGUGGUGACGCCACGCAGCAAAUAGCUGUGCGAGCGUACUCAAUAGAGGGAAGCCGACAUGGCACUGAGCGGGGUGUGUCGCUGUCGAUGAACUCAUUAGAAGAAAGUGCACAAUUUUACGAGAUGGUGCGGCAUCCGCAGUGGUUUGAACGUUUAUGUGCCUCCCUUGCACCAUUUAUUUUUGGGUUACGACACGUAAAGGAAGCCAUUGUUUUGGCUGUGGUGGGAGGCACUGCACAUAAGAUGCGUACACGCAGCAAUAUUCAUUUACUCAUGGUGGGUGAUCCAGGUCUUGGGAAAUCACAGCUGCUGCGUUCUGCCUGCACCAUUGCAGCCCGUAGUGCCUUUGUGUGUGCUCACACUUCGUCCUCUUGCGGUCUGACACUCACGCUUACAAGAGAUCCAACCACGGGGGAAACAUCCUUUGAGGCUGGAGCGGUUGUGCAUGGUGACGGGGGAAUUACAUGCAUAGACGAAAUUGACAAGGGUGUCACAGAACACAGGGCACUUCUUGAAGUGAUGGAGCAGGAGACAGUCUCUAUGGCAAAGGCGGGGAUGGUUUUUUCUGUUCCAGUGCGUACAGCUAUUCUUGCUGCAGGUAAUCCUUCCGGUGGCCGAUUCGAUGACUCAAAGGCUGUGACAGCGAAUCUAAACCUUUCCCCCGCACUACUCAGUCGCUUUGAUAUUGUUGUCUGUCUACGCGACCCACACACGGAUUGUACUCGCUCACUCUCAGAGCAUGUCCUGCGGUUACACCGUCCACAUGACGAGGCUGGAGCACGUCACGCAGGAGGUACAGGUGGCGGGAUGUCACUUUCCGUUGAGUUGGUGCAGCGUUUUGUGGCCUUCUGCCGCCAUCACUGUCAUCCUUCCCUUCGUGAGGAGGCGAGCGAAGUCCUGAAGUCACACUACCUGGCGAGACGGGCAGAGAUGCGGGAUGAUGAAUUGCCUGUCACACCGCGGUUCUUGCAGGCUCUAAUUCGUGUGGCAGAAGCGCGUGCCAAAGUUGAACUUCGUCACGAAGUAACUGCUUAUGAUGCGCAGUACGCCGUGGAGCUGUUGCGGCAAUGCUCUGGGAGUCUGCGCGGCCCCUCUCGCACUUCUUCCCUUCGCCCUGCCGCCGCUAAAAAGAUGAGCCAGCGGGAGAUGAUUUUAAGCACUCUUAAGGCGGAAGUCUGCCGUACGGGUGUUAAUGCUCUUCCCCACCGAGUUAUUCUUGCCGCCUGUGAGGAAGCCGGCUGCCGCAAUGCCAAUGCCAUGUUGCACCAGCUGAACGAGGUGGGAGUAAUCCUGCAAAUUGGGGAUAAGUACCAGUUGCGUGGAGUGUAG